AUGCGACUCGAUGAGCGGUAUAUGCCGUACUUGCAGAUGGCGGGGUUAUACCAUCUAGCGAGGCUAAACGAUAGAUGGUUCCAGAUAGAUGAGCCCCUUCUCAGUGCCUUCAUGGAGCGGUGGCGUCCUGAGACGCACACUUUCUAUAUGCCCUUCGGAGAGUGCACAAUCACGCUUCAGGACGUGGCGUACCAGUUGGGGUUGGCAGUGGAUGGCCGUUAUGUCAACGAUUGCCUUACAGAUUUUCAUAUAUAUGUCGAGGGUGGACGUCCUGGUUGGGUGUGGUUCGAGGAGUUUCUUGGAGUGAUUCCUCCUCCGAGCCAGGUUCAGAAGUUCGCAGUAAACUACAGCUGGUUCCAGGAGACAUUUGGAGAGUGCCCCGAGGGAGCCGAUGAGGACACCGUUCGGCGCUAUGCUCGUGCCUAUAUCAUGAUGUUGUUGGGCACUCAGCUGUUUGCCGACAAGUCCGGCAACCGCAUUCACAUCAGAUGGCUGCCGUACGUAGCUAGGCUUGAGGAGAUGGGUUCCUAUAGUUGGGGGUCUGCAGCAUUGGCAUGGUUGUACCGGUGCAUGUGCCGAGUGGCGAACCGACAUGUGGUGAAGUUAGCGGGCCCACUUCAGCUACUUCAGUCCUGGAUCUUCUGGCGCUUUCCUAGGUUUAGGCCUGCUGGGUAUGAUACGUGCAGCUGGCCUUUGGCAUCGAGGUGGUCAGGUUACAACCCUUCCGUUAGCGAGAAGGGUCCUAGGGUGCAGAUGUGGAGACUGCAGAUAAACAUGUUACAGCCCAAGGAUUUUAUCUGGAUGCCGUAUAGCUCUCCUGAGGUACUGCAUGUUGUGCAUCUGGAGGCGUUGGAGCCUCGACACACGGCGCUGUGGCGAUCUGUGACGUCACUGAUAUACUUUGCCGUCAUAGAGUGA